UACCCUGUCAAAAGAAACCAAGCCACCCAUCCUCUCACCUGUGGGAGGAUUUCAAGCACAGCUGCUGAAUCCUUUCUCUUACCUGUCAUGCAUUGGGUGCUGAUUCUCUCUUUCUCUCAUCCGCCACGGGCAACUGUCUACUGUCUGUAACAGGAUCCCUUGGCUUAUGGAGUGGUGGCGUCAUGGUUGUCGGGUUGCUCAGAGCAACAAAGUCAGCGCUAGGACCCGGGUCAAGUUCCCAGUCUCGCGCCACCCAGGUGAGAAACACAAACAUUGCUGCAACAAAUGCAAGUUUGCGCUUUAUUUUUAAUUCGAUAUAUCCGGGAGAGCAUUGUUUUAUCAAAGUUAAAAGCCCUGAAGUUGCAGCACAAGCCUGGAAAGCAAACUGAGCAGAAGAAAUCAAAGUCGGCUGAAUUUCUGAUGGGAAAUGAAUACUGCAGAAAUUACUUUGACCUACAGAUGUAUGAAGGAAUAGACCCAAGGCAGUAUGGGAUAGAGGUCAGCGCAGAAGAUGAGUGUGAAUUAAAACCUGACAGGAGUGACAUUAUGGAUUUAUAUCUCAAGUUACUGGAGCUUACCGAAGAUGAGCUGGGAACGCAGGACGCAAGGGGAACAGAAACCACUGGAGCUUGCAUGAGGUGUGAAAGCGCUGGAGUUUGCAGUAAUAUACUGGGCCUGCGGCAGGAGGUGGAGAAAGAGAUGAUCCCUCCUUAUGUCGAACAGUUUGAAACCAGUGUGCAAGAUGACAUGAUUCUGGUUGGCAGCCUUUCACUUGAACAGGCCCAAGAUCAACGACAGAGAUUUUGUGAUGCACACAUGGAUUGCUGGUCGCAAGAGGAGCAUCUGGUUGAACAACAAAAGCUGUCUGUCAAAACACAGGAGGAAGAUGCCAAGCAACGUGUGAUGGCAUUUGCAAGGGACAAAACAAAGAGUGUGAAGCCUCAAGAAAUCAACUCGGAACAGUCAGAGUUUCUCCAGGCACGUCUUCGCACAGCUUUCCAGAAUGCAGAAAACCAGUUACUCAAAGCUCUUGAAAACCGUGGUGGUGAGGUGCGUGCUCUGUACGGUGAUCUGACCGAGGUCAACCACCAAUACGAUGGCGUGCAAGACUGUCACUGGAAGGUUGAAUGGUCUGGGACGCCUCAGCCGGUGCAUAUCCAACUGAAAUGUCUACGGGGCGUAAAGGACAAACUACCUAAAGGAUGGUACAUCCUCAGAGUUUCCCUGCUCAGUCGGCUUGGAGGUUUUCCUCUGCGCUGGUCUAAUUCACAGCAUCAGCACUGGGCAGAGGCAACUUCACCAGUCUACCAUGAUGGCAACUUCUAUAAUGUCGAACUAAGUUUUAAUCAAAGCAUUGCUGUGGUGUUGCCUUCUGUGAAUGAACUCAAAGCAGGAAUGACCUUAAUCUUUGAACUCUUCCUACUGCAUGGAAUUAAUAGCAGCAUUGACCGGGCUGUGGCGUGGGGAGCAUUUCCCGUCUGCAAUGGCAAGUUGGAGAUUUUGGAAGGCAAAUAUAAAUGUCCCUUUUUAAGAGGCCACCAGGACCAUAAAAUAGAUGAAUUCCGAAAAAUCGAGGCUCUUAUGUCAUCAGAUGUAGAUCACUGGGUCUGCAACCUCUAUUUGCAGAUAAUAAAGCUCCCCAAAUCUCUUGUUGGACUGGAGAUGCAUGCAGUGGAGCUGCAGCUCCCUAGGCAACUGCUCCGCUCCCCUGAAUGCUCUAACGCCAAUAAACGAAUGGAAGCCAGUGGGAACCCUGUGGAUACCAUCCCCGAUCUGAAGGUAGUGCAGCCUCAGCACACUGAUUUUCGACAUCCCCAUCUGCAGCCUAAAUGCAGUUCGCCUUCAGUUCCAGCACAAGAGCAAAACACCUGUGGAAGCAGCAGUGAGUGUGCAAAGAAAUCCGAUGAGCUAAUCAGAGCCAGUGGUGAGAGUGGAGUAUUCCUGAAGGAAAGUCAUCAAAACCUGGCUGAGUUUAACAGGAAGGAUAAACGGCAGAGCACUGUCGAACAAAGCACAUCCCCUCCAGAACCACUGUGCCUGGAAGACUUGGCCCAAUACCGAUUCUCUGUUGUGUCAGACUCUUCUCUUGACAAAACCAUGGAUACUCUUGCCUGGCAUGCUUGGUUUGUGAGCCAGAUGUUCGUGGAUCAGCUCAGAGCUUUACACUGGUGCUCACCGGAGACUUGGCUAUUUGUGCUUCUUGUAGCUUUAAUCUGGUUUGUGCGGCUCUAUCUGCAUUACUGCAGCCAGUGGAUCUAUCUCCAGGCGAUUGGUGUCACCGUCAACAAGUUCCACUUUUAUCCACACACAGUCGAACUUAGCUACCAGAAUUCUCUAUUGGCGAUUCAUGCGGAGUUGACCAUUGUAGCCCUGGGACCCCUGACCUUGAACGUUACGUUACUUAUUAUGGCUAUGAUCAGAUUGGGCUGUCACGUACGAUCUGUCUCAUUCCCAUCCUUCUUGUCAAGGCUUUUCAUGGCAAUGGGAUUUUGGACAGCACUUGAUCCUCUGGCAAUAUUUAUUGUGGAUGGCAUCCUAGGGCGCCUGACUUACAGCACAAACCAUCCAAUAGGUGAUGCAGCCAAGCUUUACUGGCUGUUUUACAGAACACACCAUUCUGGGAUCCCUGGCAUACUGAUUACAGUCAUCUUGUACAUUGUGAUUCUCCUCUGCUCCCUUACAAUCCUGUAUUUGUAUUUGUUAAGUCUGCAGUCAACUGGGCACCUGCACGAUGUCUUCUACCGAUUGCAUUCCACUGAGGAGAGAUUCUUCGUUCCUCGGGACUUGGAGCUGUCCAAUCAAGAGCUCAGCUACAUAGUGAAGAGAGCUGCGCAAUGGAGGGGAAUCAACAGUGAGAGAAGAAAGGUGGCAGUGUAUGACUACAUCAGGAAUAAUGAUCUCAUCGCGUGCUCGUCCCAAGGCUGCAGACCUCAGGAGCAAAAUGAAACACCUGGAUCAUUGCCUGGCCGGAGAGAUAUCACCACUCAUGUGUCCAUCUACAUUAGACACCUCAACGACAUACAAGAGCUGUACAGGCAUUUCCAUCGGCUGCCUGAUGGUGCCAUUGUUGAGGUGUUCGAUGCUGAAAGCAGCGCAAGUUUCAUGCGGCAGCAAGUGAGUGGUCUGGACACUGAACAGCAAUCCUCCACAUCACCAGAGCUCCGAGAGAGACAGAAGAAGAUAUUCGAUGCUGUGAGAACUGGAAGCUAAAAGGAAUGGGACUGAAAAUUAUUCGCGUUAUCUCGAUUUAUCUUAGGAAAUUCUUUGGACAUUUCUGUACUUGAAACAUUAUAUCAGAGCUGCAACUUGUUUGAUGUAAGCACAUGAUAAUUACAAUUAGAACUAACGUCAACCAUUGCUCAUCAGCAAACAUGGUCACUGGUGCUAUUUGCACUCCGAUACCCAGUGCUGUUGCCUUCAGUAGAACAGCGAAUCCGAUAAUCACAGAAUUCUUUCAUGUCACUUGCUAUUAGCAACCAAAGGACAUCUACCCCAAAAUCCUGGAAAAUUCAGAAUGUACAGGUUGAUGUGCAAGUGUACUGGGAAACAUUGUCCAUUUCCCUCCAUAGAUGCCGCCUAACCUGCUGAAUUCCUUCGUCUGUUUUUUUCUUGCUUAUUAACGUUGUGCAUCCAACAGAGUGCUGCCUCACUGCUCUGUUAUCCUGGUUUUAAUCCUAACUUCAGGUGCUGAUGUGUAGAGUCUACACUUUUUCCCUGUGACUGCAACAGAUUAUAACCAUAAAAACAAUGACAGCACGGAUACAGGCCAUCUCAGCCCUUCUAGUCCGUGCCGAACAUUUACUCUCAUCUAGUCCCAUCUACCUGCACUCAGCCCAUAACCCUCCAUUCCUUUCCCGUCCAUAUACCUAUCCAAUUUAUUUUUAAAUUAUAAAAUCGAACCUGCCUCCACCACUUCCACUGGAAGCUCAUUCCACACAGCUACCACUCUCUGAGUAAAGAAGUUCCCCUCAUGUUACCCCUAAAUUUUUGUCCCUUAAUUCUCAAAUCAUGUCCUCUUGUUUGAAUCUUCCUUACUCUCAAUGGAAAAAGCUUAUCCACGUCAACUCUGUCUAUCCCUCUCAUCAUUUUAAAGACCUAUAUCAAGCCCCCCCUUAAGCUUCUGCGCUCCAACGAAUAAAGACCUAACUUGUUCAACCUUUCUCUGUAACUUAGGUGCUGAAACCCAGGCAACAUUCUAGUAAAUCUCCUCUGUACUCUCUCUAUUUUGUUGACAUCUUUCCUAUAAUUUGGCGACCAAAAUUGCACACCAUACUCCAGAAUUGGCCUCACCAAUGCCUUGUACAAUUUUAACACUACAUCCUAACUUCUAUACUCAAUGCUCCUACAUUUACCACUGCAUUUCAAAGACAUGCAGAUUGGUGGGUUAAUUGGCCACUAUAAAUUGUACCAAGUGUGUAAUUGAGUGGUAGAAUCUAAGGGGAGUUGAUGAGAUAUAAAUCAAUGUUUGAUGGUCAGAGUGGACUUGAUGGGCCAAGAACCUGUUCAAUGUCUAUGUCAAAGUCUGAACUGGAAGAUCAGUUCAGCUUGCCCCAGCACCGUACUUGAGAGACAGGUGGGUUUGUCCCUUGAAAAUGAAGUCUGUCGGACUGAGAUUUUGUUCAACCACCUGAAUCAUCUGGAAGAUCUCAUGACAUUUUUGAAAGACUUAUGGGCCUGUCCCACUUACGUGACUUUUACGCGACUGCCGGCACCCGUCAUAGGUCGUCGCAGGUCGCCGAAGAUUUUCAACAUGUCGAAAAUCCAGUGGCGACCGGAACAAAGUACGACUCUUUGGGCGACUAUUCACGGCCAUACAGGCUUCACCCCACGACAUGUCGCCAGGGUAUCGCCUGUAUGGUCGUGAGUAGUCUCCUGAGUCACCCAAAGAUUCGUUGCGUCUUUCUGGUCUCUGCUGAAUUUUCAACAUGUUGUUAAAUGCCAUCGGACUAGCUGUUACUUUCACUAAAACUAGCACGGAGAAGUAUCUAAUCAUUGAACUAGCCAUCAAUGCCCCUUCCCCACCAAGUCCAUUAAGGUUUUGCACUGAAAUCUAUAGAUGGCGUUGAUGCCAGAUUACAUUGUUGAAUGUUCAUAGGAAAGAUUGGCCAGUAUUGUUUCUUCCAAACUAAACUCUGCUGCCUACCUCUUAUAGUGGUCAACUUUAAUGGAAUAAAUUACAGGACCAGGGGACAUCAGACAUAUUCCACUGAGAUAUUUUUUUUGGGAACACCUUGAGUGGUGCAGAAAGGUUUCCUCUCCAUUGGGAAAUAUGUUUCCCAGUUAGUAUUUUUAACCCGAAUCACAAAUAUUGUGGGUUAACUACCAAGAGCAUCCAGCGAGUGUUUUUUUAUUAUUUACUUUGUCCACCUUAAUGGACUUUCUAUCAAUGUUUGUUCAUUAAAGUCUAAUGAUUGCCCUGUAAUUUUCUGGAUGACUCCCACCACAUAUAUAUUUUUUGAGGUGGUCUCACACACUAACUUGCAAGCCACUGGUCAGUGUACUGCGACGAGCAUAACCCUCACCUGCUCAAAGAAGAAAUUCAUGCUGUGUGGAAUGGCAAUAACCAACAUUUAUCACAUAUAUUAUUUGCUUAGAAAGUACAAGAACAGCAGUUCACUUGAGAUGAUCAGGAUUAAUGAAAUGGUUGUUUGCAAGAAUUGCACCAGCUCUUUUCAAAGCCAUUGCACUUUUCCACAUUUGGAUUCCCAUCCUAAUUUGGUAGUCUGUCUUUGCGAGUUUGUUCUUUCCCUGCUGUUUCCUCACAGCAGUCUGAUAUUAGAUUUCUCAUUCCCGACAAUAGAGUGCAAAAUUAAGAACUAAGGUGAAGGACUUGAACUUUAUUUCACCUUGCAUCACAGUGAGGAAUGUGUAAACAUAGGCAUAGAAAAUAGGUGCAGGAGUAGGCCAUUCGGCCCUUCGAGACUGCACCGCCAUUCAAUAUGAUCAUGGCUGAUCAUCCAACUCAGUAUCCCGUACCUGCUUCUCUCCAUACCCCCUGAUCCCUUUAGCCACAAGGGCCACAUCUAACUCCCUCUUAAAUAUAGCCAAUGAACUGGCCUCAACUACCUUCUGUGGCAGAGAAUUCCAGAGAUUCACCAUUCUCUGUGUGAAAAAUGUUUUCCUCAUCUCGGUCCUAAAAGAUUUCCCCCUUAUCAUUAAACUGUGACCCCUUGUUCUGGACUUCACCAAAAUCGGGAACAAUCUUCCUGCAUCUAGCCUGUCCAACCCCUUAAGAAUUUUGUAAGUUUCUAUAAGAUCCCUCCUCAAUCUUCUAAAUUCUAGCGUGUCACUGUGGGAGUCACUGUGGUGGAUGUUCAUGUUAAAAUGUAUUUUUGAAGCGAUCUGUUACUUUUAAUUGUAUGACUGACCUGGCCAAUGAAAUUCCUUGUAUGUUGCAAAACAUACUUGGCGAAUAAAGUGUGAUUCUGAUUCUGA